AUGAGUAGUAGUGGUAGUAGUUUGAUAGUAUUGCCGGGGUUGCAGGCAGUGGUAUGGGCGUGUUUCGCGGUGAAGACCAGACCUGUUACCCGUAUCGAUGGGGCAUUCUUUCUUACUGAUCCGUAUGAACAUGCUCUUGUAUCAUCUCUACAAGAUGAACGAAUCGAACAAAUUAGUGCUACUGCUACUACGAUUACUGCUACUACUACGACUACUUUAACUACUGCAAUCCAGAGAAUACUUCGAGAGAAAGCGAAAACAUUCGGACAAAAUGCGGAAGAGAUUAAGGAAGUCAAUUACUAUCUGGAAAAAAUUCAAAAAUUUGAGGCUAAACAACAUCCAGAAGAAAUCCCUCAGCAAUAUAAUACAAAACCUUCCAGAGCGGUAAGGGUGGUUAUUUCUUAA